GAAGAUGAAACUACUGUAAAAAAAAAAACUUUAGUUUUUACAGUUUGAGUUGAGCUGCAGCAGCUGUUUGUUCUGCAGAGUCAACAAGAGGAACCAGAAGAACGUGUGAACUCUUAAGAUGUUUGACUAGAAUAUCAAGGCAGUAAUGAGACAAGAUGAGUUCUGCCGCAGGGGGGAAGACAAACACAUCCCAUAAUACCCAACAUACCUGAAGCUGUCGGAGAGAAAACUCUUCAGUUGAGACGGAAACUACAAAGCUGGUAAAAAAAAAACAUCCAAGGACUUGAUGGACGUGACGGUCUGGACUGUGGACCAGGCUGUGGACUACAUGGACCUGAUGGACCAGUUGGACCUGAUGGACCAGAUGGACCUGAUGGACCAGACUGUGGACUACAUGGACCUGAUGGACCAGUUGGACCUGAUGGACCAGAUGGACCUGUUGGACCAGACUGUGGACUACAUGGACCUGAUGGACCAGUUGGACCUGAUGGACCAGACUGUGGACUACAUGGACCUGAUGGACCAGUUGGACCUGAUGGACCAGACUGUGGACUACAUGGACCUGAUGGACCAGUUGGACCUGAUGGACCAGAUGGACCUGAUGGACCAGACUGUGGACUACAUGGACCUGAUGGACCAGAUGGACCAGAUGGACCUGAUGGACCAGAUGGACCAGAUGGUCUUGAGGGUUUGGAUGAUGAUGUGGUGAUGAUGAGUUAUAGAUCUGUCUCAGACAGAAUGUGAUUUCUUCACGUGAACUGUUGUCGUGUGAGACUCAUUCACACAAAGUCGUCUCUCCGUCAUUUGACAGUUUCUUACGUUUGUGUCGGGCAGCGUGACGGUCAGUCCCGGUCCCGUCGGGGUCCUGACCCUCAGACUCAGUUUCUUCUUCCACAGGUAAUAGAACUCCACACACUGGGGGAGGGACUUGGUCUGAACCUGAACACAGAAGAUCACAGACGGUCUCAGAGGAUCACAGAUAACCACAGACGAUCACAGACGAUCUCAGACGAUCACAGACGAUCACAGACCAUCUCAGACCAUCUCAGACGAUCACAGACGAUCACAGACCAUCACAGACGACCACAGACGAUCACAGACCAUCUCAGAGGAUCACAGACGAUCUCAGACCAUCACAGACGACCACAGACCAUCACAGACCAUCACUGAACUCACUGCUCUCUGGACUCGUCUGAAGUUUUUACUGUGGAGCUGCAGGGAUUGAACCAGCAGCCUCGUCUCUGCGGCGCUCCAGCUGACGCCUGUGAUAUUCAUAUAUAAUAUAUACAGUUAGUUAGAGUACAUCUGUAUCUGCAUCAUAAAUCUGUGAGUGUGUUUGAAUAUGAGCGUGGACGUGGACCUGUGAGGCUGUCGGAGGUCGACAGAAGCUUCUCCACCGUCAGCUGAGGAAACACAAGUUAAAGCAGAUCGUCCCUCACUCGUAAAGUCACUUCAUAUUAGAUUAAUAAAUCAAAUCAAAGAGAUAUACCAGGAAGUCUCCUCUGCUCUCUGAUAGGACGUGGAGGGCGUGGUCUGGGCUGGCCGCGCCCCCUGGCACCACGCUGGAUCGAGCCAUCGUCAACAGAGCCUUGACUGGACAUACGACGUGUCAAUCAAAACAUAACAACUGUGACAUCAUCACGUCAGGAAGAAGUUUCCUUGUUCACCUCGGUGUUGGUUGGUCGGUUCCUCCAGCUCGGCCCACGGCGUCCAUAGCAGCAGUGCAUUCUGGGGGUUGGAGUGGGCGUAUUUGCGUAGGGGCGGGACUUCAGCCUGGAACCCCUGCCCUACAUUGAUCCUCCUGUGAUUGACAGCUCAGUGUUAUCAGGUGAUCAGAUGGUGAUGUCAUCGAAAAAUUAGUGUGAGGAGAAUCUGACAUACGGCUCGAUGGUUUCUCUAAUUAGUGUCUCCAUGGCAACAAAGUCAAUGAGUCCGUCUGCCAAUCAGAGAGAGAGAGGUUAAACAUCGGAUCACCCUCGCUCUAGCGCCACACACUGGACGAACAUCUACCAGUAACUGUAAUGGUCACUCCGGCUUCUAGGUGUCGCCAGCAGCAGGACUCACUGUGUGUGUGGUGCAGCUGCUGCCUCCUGGUGGUGAGGGAGCAGUACAGCCCCGGCCCCGCCCUGAGGGGACACAGCAUGGGCGGGGGCGUGUAAUGAACUUCAUCCUCCUCCUCCUCCUCCUCCAGGUGCAUCAUGCUGCGGUAGAGCACAGCGCCCCCGGUGGCCGGAGGGAGGUGACGGCCGCGUCUCCUCUGUCCACCCCGACGCUGAGCCCCCCCUCUGGGCGGGACAGGCACGGACACCGGCAUUACCAUGGAGACUGAGGUCGGGACCGGAGGAGGGGCGAGGACCUUUUUCAGACAUGUCGCCGACCGGACGCCGCCGCCGUGGGAACGCAUGUGUCCGUUCAACGCUGGAAGACUCCGGAAGUCACGAUGACACACUGUACACAGCAGCCUGUCACACACACACACACACACACACACACACACAGCAGAUUACAUUAGACACAAGUUUUAUUAAUCUGU